UUUUUUUUGUUUUUUUGUUUUUUUACUUUUAUAGUAUUGGUGAUUGGACCUAAGACCUUGUACAUUUUAGGCAAGGAGUAACUUCUUAGCACUGAGUUACAUACUCAGCCCACUUUUAUUUUUUAUUUUGAGUCAGAAAUAAAAGCCCAGGUAAUGCCCAGGUUGGCUUUGAACUUAUGGUUCUUUUGUCCCAGACUCCUGAGUGCUGGGAUUACACCAGCUGGGACAGAGCCACUAGGCCUGAGUUCUGUUUCGUUUUUCAGUUUUUGAUUGUCGUUUACUGAGACAAGUUCUCCUUAUGUGUUAAUUACUAAGGCUGGCCUGGAACUCACUGUCUAGCUGAGGCUGGCUUCCAGCCUGCAACGAUUCUACUGCUGAGGCCUCCUGAGUUCAGGGAUUAUAAAUGUGUACCACCAAGCCCAGGGGUUUGUUUUUGUUGUCUGCAUGCUCUCCUGCAGCAUGGGAAUUGGACUCAACCUGGCUAUGUAUUAAAGGCUGACCUUGAAUUUCUGCUUCCCCGCUGGGAUUUUAGGUAUGUGUUACUAUGCUCACUUGUUUUGUUUUUAUUUACUUAUUAUUAUUAUUUAAAAAAAACCCCAGGGUCUAAUUAUGUAGCUCUGGUUGGCCUGGAAUUCAAUAUGAAAACACCAGAACCUACGUGGUGGAAAAAGAGAAUCAAUUCCUACAAGUUGUCCAAAGAUUUUCACAAACAAUAAAUGUAAUGAAAAACAAAAACAAGGGGCUGGAGCGAUGGCUCAGCCAUUAAGAGCACUGACUGCUCUUCCAGAGGUCCUGAGUUCAAUUCCCAGCAACCACAUGGUGGCUCAUAACCAUCUGUAAUGGGGAUCCGAUGCCCUCUGUGUGUCUGAAGAGAGUGACAGUGUACUCACAAAUAUAAAAUAAAUACAUCUUAAAAAGAAACAAAACAGCUGGACAGGGAAAAGUAUAUUGUGCUUUCAGACUGAAAGACUCAUUUCUAUAAAGAUGUCAGGUUCUCUUGGGUUGAUUUUUUUAGAUUUAGUGCAAUCCUAAGAAAAUACCCAAUCCGUAUGGUACUGCAAGGUGAAAAUAACAUCCAAGAUACAUUUGGGGUGAAAAAUGUAGAAGUACUCGCUGGGCCAGCUAUCAAGAUAUAUUUGAAGGCUACUAUAAUUUAAAAAUAUAGUACUUCCCUAUGGAAAGUUCAUUUGAUUUUUGAUACAUAGCAGAUGUUUAAUAAGAUUUCUGAUUCAUGACAUAGCACUUCAGACUAGCAGUGAAAGCGCCAUGCUUUCCCUGAAUGAAGCUAAACUCACUGGAUUAUCACAUGAGAGAAAAAAAAGAAUUUGGAUCCCCUUUCUCCCCCACCCCCCUCUUUCUUUCCAGUCAGGGUUUCUCUGUGUAUCCCUGGUUGUCCUGGAACUCACUCCACAGACCAAGCUGGCCUAGAACUCAAGAUCAGCUUGUCUUUGCCUCCCUAGUGCUGGGACCAAAGACAUGGGAUACCUGGAUCUUAUCUUAAUCGCAUGCAAAAGUCAAUACAGGGGCCAGGGAGAUUGUUCAUGAGAUAAAGGCAUUGUUGUCCAAAGCUGAUGACCUGCAUUCAGUCCCUAGGACCCACAAAAAGAGGAAGGGAGAGACUUACUUGAAAAGUAUGCUAGAAUCAUGGCAUAUACACACAGCACCACAGAUCAUACACACACACACACACACACACACACACACACACACACACACACACACACCACAGAUCAUAUACACACAUAUACUAGUCAGUGGUUGGAGAGAUGGCUUAUCGGUUAAGAGCACUGGGUGCUCUUCCAGAGGAUCCAGGUUCAAUUCCCAGCACCCAGAGGGUUUACAAAGAACGGUUUGUGACUUUAUUCCAGGAAAUCCAACUCCCUCUUCUGGCUACUUUGGGCACUGCAUGCACAUGGUAAGUAGUCAUAUAUGCAGACAAAACAUCUACAUACAUAAAAAUAAAUACAUUUUAGAUUUUAAAUCAAUUCCAGACCAAAAAUAUAUGCAAAUAUAUAGAGGUUUUGGAAGAGAAUUAUCAGAGACUUUUUUUUUCACUUUGGAGUAGAAAUGGAUGCUUUAAGAUGUAAAAAAGUUAUUAAUCAUAAAAGAAUGAGAAAUUUAGCUAUAUUAAAGUAAAUUUGCCAGGCAUGGUGGUGUACCCCUAUAACCCAAGCACUUAGGUUGCUGAGGCUGAAUGCUCUUGAGUUCAAGGACACCUUGGACUGCAGAGUAAGACCCCUAUGCUAUAAAAAUGUAACUGGAGUUGGGCCAGGUAGAGAUAUGGCUAGGCAGUUAGAGCACUGGCUGCACCCGCAGAAACCCAGGUUUGAUCUCUAGCACCCACAACCUUCUGUGACUGUAGUAUCAGUGAAUCCCUUGCCUUCUUCUGGCCUCCUCAGGCACUGAAUGCAUGUGGUACACAGGUAAUAAAUACAUGCUAGCAAAACACUCACACACAUUGAUUAAAAAAAAUAAUCAGGGGCUGGAGAGAUGGUUUAGUUUUUGUUCUUCUUCCAGAAAGUCCUCAGAGAUCGGAAGAGGGCAUCGGAAUCCUCAGAGUUCGUUUCCUACUGUCCAGUGUGUGUGCUGGGAACUGAAACCUGGUCCUCUGCAAGAGCAUUAUGUGCUUAUUUAACAGUUGAGCCAUCCCUUCCGUCCCCAAAGUGUAAAUUUUUGAUUUAAUCCAACAUCUCUAUCAUUUUUCUGACUUCACAUUUUUCUUCAAUGAUAAUAAAUUGUAGUUGCUGUUUAUUUUCAUGUUUCUCCCAUGUUUACUGGGAGAAAGGAGAAGAGGCAGAAGGAGACAGUUUUCUAAAAGUCCUAUGCAGUAGACAAGCACAUGAGGACAAUCAGAAAAGUAAUUUUAACCCAAAGGCAUGGCCUGGAUGGAAAUGGCGUGUGCGUGCGCACUCGUGCGUGCAUGUGUAAGUGCCACAUGGAGAUCAGAGGAUAGGGACUUGCAGGAGUUAGUUGUCUCAUUCCACUAGGUGGGGUCUGUGGAUCCAACUCAGGUUGAUAAACUUGGUGGCAAGGCUAUUAAUGCUGAAGCAUCCUACCCACCCUGUUUUUCUUUUCUCCUACUCUUCUUUGAUACAAAAUUUAACUAUGCAGAUGAGGUUGAACUGGGACUUGGGUUUUCCUGCCUCAAACUCCCAAGGAGAGCUGGAAUUGCAGACAUGCUGGUUUGUACCUGGCCUGCAAAGUCUUUGAAAAGUACAAACACAUUACAGGUCAGUGAACCAUUACUGAUAUUUUCAGUCUUUCUCACUUUGUAGGUAACCCACGGCGGGGAGAGCACAAGGUAGCUAGUUUCCGUAGUUCCCAGUAAGUCUUUACUUUAGGAUAAUUUCCUUCCAGCCUUCACUUUGUUGAUUGCGCAAAAACCACGAACAGAAACCAGAAAACCCACAUCCCCAAACUAACCCUUUAUCUAUUUGUCCCACUUGUUUUUCUGACGAUGAAACAAUAUUUUCCCAAACUGAGGAAAGAAUUUUCCUUAGAGACAAUUAUUGAACUCCAGGCUACAGUAGAAGCUGGAAGUGUACUGAUGACGAAACAGCGCCUCUGCUAGUGGGAACUUGAAGUCCUUUCACAGUGACAGCGUGCCAUGCUCCGGGAGUACAAGCUGCCACAAUUUUUCAGGGCAGGCGGUACGUGCCGCAGAGGCCGCCCUGGUUGGGAUCCGGAGGUUGAUGUGGUCGUUAGGCUUGGAUCCCGCACUUAUCUGCGGCUGCAGCUUGGAAUGCAGUCCUUCUGCCAUUCCCUUCUACCGAAGCCCAAGGAAUAGGUCCUUUUCCACCACUACAGCAGAUCAACCGCAGUGAGGAUUUGGCGCUCGGGGUUUUGCUUGGCCGUUCUAUUUGAAGGACCUAGUGCGCCCACAAGCGGAGGAACAGCUGCAGAACUGCAGAAGCAGCUCGGAAAGGGGGAAAGGGCCACUUUAAUGCUCGCCUCUUAGGAGGCGGGGUCAUCUUAGGCUUCGCCCCUCUCAGAACCCAAUUUCCGACGCAACCUCAUCCUGGGGCUCCGAUUGGCUGGCUUCUGAGCGUGAGGACGUUGCGUCGCGGGGCGGAGCGGACGAGCGGUGUCUGUCAGUGUUUCAGCUCUACGCCCCCGACCGCCGCCCCCUCCCUUGUGGUCACGUCGUUUCCUCCUCUCGCCUGCUCUAAGGGACAGGUGACGGCCAGGGCUCUGGGUGGCGGUCCAGCCUCCGAGCAUCUCUCCUCAGCCGACUCUCUGUGCUAGCUGCUGUCCUCGAGCGGGUCCCGGCCGGGGGAAGAUGGCGGCCGCGCCCCGCGGCGUCUGGGAGCAGCGGCGCCUGGGCUGUAGGUUGGGACCCCUUGCACCGCUGCUCAUGCUUGCGCAGGCGCUGCUGCUGCUGCCGGCUGCCGGAGCCGGCCUGUGCCCAGCGCCCUGCUCCUGCCGCCUUCCUUUGCUGGACUGCAGUCGCAGGAAGCUGCCGGCGCUCAGCUGGAGGGCACUGUCCGGCCCGCUGUCCCCUGACAUCUCCAGCCUGGAUUUGAGUCAUAACCGGUUGUCUAACUGGAACAUCAGCUUGGAAUCAGAAACAUUACAAGAAGUGAAAAUGAAUUACAAUGAGCUAACAGAGAUACCAUAUUUUGGAGAACCAACACCUAAUAUUACUCAACUUUCAUUGGUCCAUAAUUUAAUUCCAGAAAUAAAUGCAGAAGCAUUCCAGCUUUACUCUGCUCUUGAGAGUUUAGACCUCAGUUCCAAUAUAAUAUCAGAAAUCAAGACAUCUUCAUUUCCUCGAAUGUCACUGAAAUACUUGAAUUUGAGUAAUAACAGGAUAACCACCUUGGAGGCUGGCUGCUUCGACAACUUGUCAGGUUCUUUGUUAGUGGUAAAGUUGAACCGGAACCGAAUUAGCAUGAUUCCACCUAAAGUCUUCAAGCUGCCUCAUCUCCAGUUCUUGGAACUGAAAAGAAACCGGAUUAAAAUUGUAGAAGGCCUUACCUUCCAAGGACUUGAUUCCUUACGCUCAUUGAAAAUGCAGCGGAAUGGAAUUAGCAAACUCAAAGAUGGAGCGUUUUUUGGCUUGAAUAAUAUGGAAGAAUUAGAGCUGGAGCAUAAUAACCUCACAGGAGUGCACAAGGGGUGGCUGUAUGGCUUGCGGAUGUUACAGCAGCUGUACGUGAGCCAGAAUGCUAUUGAAAAGAUCAGCCCGGAUGCGUGGGAGUUCUGCCAGAGGCUGUCUGCACUGGAUUUGUCCUAUAACCAGCUAACCCGCCUUGAUGAAUCUGCCUUUGUGGGUCUGAGUUUACUGGAGAGAUUGAAUUUAGGGGACAAUAGAGUCACUCACAUUGCUGAUGGUGUAUUUAGGUUUCUUUCCAAUCUUCAGACAUUAGAUUUGAGAAACAAUGAAAUUUCAUGGGCCAUAGAAGAUGCUAGUGAAGUCUUUUCAGGUCUCAAAAGUCUCACUAAAUUAAUCUUGCAAGGAAACCGGAUUAAGUCAGUUACACAGAAAGCGUUCGUUGGCCUUGAAUCCCUUGAGUAUCUAGAUUUGAAUAACAAUGCUAUAAUGUCUAUCCAAGAAAAUGCUUUUUCUCAGACUCACUUAAAGGAACUUGUUCUGAACACAAGCAGUUUACUCUGCGAUUGUCAUUUGAAGUGGUUGCUCCAGUGGCUGGUGGAUAACAACUUCCAUCAUUCUGUGAAUGUAAGCUGUGCACAUCCUGAAUGGUUAGCAGGGCAAAGCAUCUUGAAUGUGGACCUGAAAGAUUUUGUCUGUGAUGAUUUUCUGAAGCCUCAGAUAAGGACACACCCUGAAAACACAGUUGCAUUAAGAGGUGUUAAUGUGACACUGAUGUGCACUGCAGUGAGCAGCAGUGAUUCACCCAUGUCUACCUUGUGGCGCAAAGACAGUGAGAUCCUGUAUGAUGUGGAUAUUGAGAAUUUUGUUCGUUAUCGGCAGCAGGACGGAGAAGCCCUGGAAUAUACGAGUGUCUUGCGCCUCUUCAGCGUGAACUUCACAGAUGAAGGGAAAUAUCAGUGCAUCGUUACUAAUCACUUUGGUUCUAAUUACUCUCAGAAAGCCAAAUUGACUGUAAAUGAGAUGCCAUCUUUUUUGAAAACUCCAAUGGAUCUAACUAUUCGCACUGGUGCCAUGGCGAGGUUGGAAUGUGCUGCAGAGGGGCACCCUACACCUCAGAUUUCCUGGCAGAAGGACGGUGGUACUGAUUUCCCUGCAGCCCGAGAAAGACGCAUGCAUGUUAUGCCCGAGGACGAUGUCUUCUUCAUUGCCAAUGUGAAGAUAGAAGAUAUGGGAAUCUACAGCUGCAUGGCACAGAAUAUAGCAGGAGGCCUCUCGGCAAACGCCUCCCUCACGGUGUUAGAGACCCCGUCAUUUAUUAGACCUCUGGAGGACAAGACUGUUACCCGAGGUGAGACGGCGGUAUUGCAGUGCAUCGCUGGAGGGAGUCCUGCUCCUCGCCUCAAUUGGACCAAAGAUGAUGGGCCACUCCUAGUAACAGAACGACACUUCUUUGCUGCAGCCAACCAGCUUCUCAUCAUUGUAGAUGCUGGUCUAGAAGAUGCUGGAAAAUAUACCUGCCUUAUGUCUAACACUCUUGGCACAGAACGGGGACAUAUUUACUUAAAUGUCAUUUCAUCCCCCAACUGUGACUCUUCUCAGAAUAGCAUUGGGCAUGAGGAUGAUGGUUGGACCACAGUUGGCAUCGUCAUCAUUGUUGUGGUCUGCUGUGUCGUGGGCACUUCUUUGAUCUGGGUCAUUGUUAUUUACCACAUGAGAAGGAAAGAUGAAGAUUACAGUAUCACAAACACAGACAUUCCCAGCUAUUUGUCUUCCCAAGGAACAUUGUCUGAACCGCAGGAAGGCUACAGCAACUCUGAGGCAGGCAGUCAUCAGCAGCUUAUGCCCCCUGCCAGCGGAUACACACACAAAGGCACUGACGGUGGCACUGGUACCAGGGUGAUCUGUUCGGAUUGUUAUGACAAUGCCAACAUCUACUCGAGGACCAGAGAGUACUGUCCAUACACCUACAUUGCUGAGGAAGAUGCUUUAGAUCAGGCACUCUCCAGCCUCAUGGUCCAGAUGCCCAAGGAGACCUUCUUGUCACAUCCUCCCCAAGAUGCUGCUAAUCUGGAGAGUCUGAUGCCACCAACAGAGAGAGAGUUGUCUGCCUUUCCCACCAACCAUGAGAGGACGAGUGAGAACCUUCCCUUCUCACAGAGGAGCAGUGAAAUAUUCCAGCGGCCUCUGUGGAACAUGAACAGAGAUCUGGGCCUACUUCCCUUCCCUCAGCAGCCUGUCCUUGAGUCACCACAGCUGGCAGAGAGGGAUCCAAACUGUUCUUCACCUGUGUCUUGCCACAGGUUACAUGACCAUGCUUUUGAUUUUAGUAGGACUCGGAACAUUCAAGAUGGUACUGAAGGCACAUGAAGCCCAUCCAGGAGGAAGUCUGAGCAAAGACUCAAGCUAGUUAAUUUGCUACCUCAGAAUUUAGAAGAAAAGUCAGCAUUUGCAUUUCUCUUUGCUUCGAGUUACAUCUGACCAUGUCAGAGUAGCCCUGAUGUUUGUUUGGGUUUACACCUGGCAAAGAGAAGGUAGUAGCUGACAGAAGUGUACCACAGAAGUGUGUACCACGUUGAAAGUACACAGUCCUGGCAGAAGACGAUAUGGGCAGGUGUCCUUCCUGAUCCCCAUAGGGAUGUACCCAGGGGCUCACUACCUGUCAUGAAGAGUCAUUGCUGCUUAGCCUACUGGAUUGUUCCAGUCCUCAGAAUGGUCCCAAGAAAGCGUCUCUACUUUGGUAAUUCUACUUUGCCUUCUAAGCAAGGAGCAGAGAUAUAUAUCUUCUGAGCUUUCAUAAGUAUAACAAGUGGUGUUGAGCAGAGAAGAGCGACUGAGGCUUUGACAUUCAAGGUCUUCAGCUAGAAUCCCAAGUUUCACCAACUGGUAGUACCAGAUCAAAGACUUUCGUAUUCUUGUGGGUUUUGUGUGAGUUGUGUGUGUGUUUGUGUGUUGAGGGUUUGUUUUGUCUAUAACUGGGGAUAUCAUUGUAAAUAUACAUGCAUUUAUAAAUAAUUUUUCUACUCAUUGUUCUUGUGUGUUGGAUACAGUGUAAAUAUUUUUGAUAUGCCCAAAUUAUAUAUAAUGUCUGUCUGGUUACUGUAGGGGCAGCAGCUUCUCAAGAUCACAGAUUUUACAUAACUUAGUGUAGUGAGGUCUGCAAACUCUGUGUAAAGUUCUAAAACUGUGUGUUACCAGGUGUAUGUAUAGAGGCAGGGCACUUAGUGACUGUGCUCAUAGACUCAGUCUUGUAUAAUUAACUGCUUGCUCCAUGCCUGAAGUUCUGUGCAUCUCGUACUUGCCAUCCCUUUGUAAGUGCCAGGUGACAAUCUUGUUCUAGCAUAAACGUCUUGCUCUUCCAGAGCCCAGCAGUAUUGUCACAGCCCUGUGAGCAUAGAGAUGACUUAUUCUGGGACUGUCUUCUUUUAGCAAAAUACUUGGUUGACAAGGAAACCAAAGAUUGUUUCUUUUUGUGUUUACUCUGUCUUUAAUCUCCUCCAUGAAUGUAGCAUAUUAGGAAGGGAAGUGUGUCUUGGGAGCAGAUCACACAGAAGUUCCUGUACUCCGUAGAUUUAGUGUGGGUCUUUCUUUAUACAAGUAUUGUUUAAGCUAAACGGCCUUUUGAAUUUCUGAUAGCAAAAAGCUUUAUGUAAACAAAGAAUGUUAACACUAAUGAAAUGUCAUGUGCUUUCAGUCUGUCCUCUGAGUAUGAUACCAGCUUACUGCUUGAUGACGCUCAACUUUUAAAGAUGUCUAUUUAUAAGUAACUGUACAUAUCUAGAGUUCAAAACUCACAGGUUUUUAGCUUUUUGUCAGAAAGUUCAGAUGAAUUUCUGACAUUUUUUUCCCAUGCUUUUUUUCAAACCUAAAUUUUCUUCCUCAGAAAGCAGCACUGUUUGCUUUUUAAACGUUCUCUUUUUAUUUAAACUGUCAUGUUUUCUUCAUUUCCACUUUGAACAUUUAAAAUCUAUAGUCUUCUCAUCUGUUUAGACUAUAUGCUUUCCUCCUUUUAGGCUGUGCUCCAGUGUUUGACUGGUCUGACUAGGAAUUAAGGGCCUGCCCCCUUGGCACUGCCCUCGGUAGCUGUGUGUCUGAUUUUCACUGAUGGAAAGAGAUAGCCGCUCUCCAGCUCCCUCCAGGAACCAGAGAGGAUUGUGCCACUUCAGUAAAGAGCUGCCUUUGUGAAUUGUUAGCCAGAUCAAGGGUGAUGCUGCUUGCUCUAACUUGAGCUGUAUUUAUUUUGCCAAUACAAGACUUAACGGUCUAAGACAUGCUCAGGGGAGGAAAACAUUCUGCUUCUAAACAGUGUCCGUAAACAGAACUCAGUCCGAAUUGGAAAGUCAUCUCUCCUCGUGAAAAUGCUGCUCAGAGGAGGCUCCGGAUGGAGGUGAACAGCAGCUCAUGUGGAGCUGGCCAUCCCUCUCCUGUGCUCAGAGUUCUGUGCUCUCACAGAGAGUCCAGAGUGGUCAGGGUAGAAAGCAGCCCCUGACCUGGUCCUCUAGAAAUACUUUAUCCUGCAGCGGCCGGGCUGCUGAGGACUCAGUUUGCUCUCCUGAGGAGGGCGAAAUGCUGACCUGUACUCCCAGUUCCUGGCUUCCUUCAGUAGGAACCCCUUACAGAUGAGAAGGGCCUGCCCCUGCUCCUAAAACAAGAGCAGAUUCUUACCCAGAGAACUUGGUUACACAAACGACCAAGUAAUCUCUAACCUCCUAGCCAUAGGACUAGUGUCUGCUUAGUUAACAAAAGAAUCUUCUCUGAAAGAACAAAAACAAAACAAAACCAACCCUGUACUUUUGAUACAAAUGUCAUUGACAAAAAAUAUGUUAAAUAUAUGUUGUAUUAUAAGUCUUUACUCUUGAUUUGAUUUUUUUUUUUUUUAGCACCCAUUGGCCUUGAACUCUCAUUCUCUUAUCUUUGUCCCAGAUGUGGAGACUAGAUAUUUCUCACUUGAUUAAUUUUUAUUCUUGCCUAUGGAGCCAACUGGAAGUGGGAUUGGUCUUACAGUGUUCAGUUUUGUUUUAUCAAAGUGUGUAAGGAUGGCCUUUGUCAUGAUGGGCUCAGGAGUAGUAACAGGUAAGCGAGACUCUUCCCCCCCCCCAGUGCUGGGAUUGAGCCGACAGGUUCCUGAAUGCCUGGUGCGUGUUCUCCCCUCAGUUCAGGCUCCAUGUUUGUUUUCUUUAAGUGAGAACAUAUCCGUCUUUGGGCCUUUCCCCACUACUUUUGGCAGCCUUAGGGAUUAAAUCUAAGACUUCCUGCAUACCAGGCAAGUGUUCUACCUCUGAGCUGCAACCUCAGCUGAAGUGUUGUGUGCUGCCGGUUAAUGGGUGGUUAUAAAAACAAUGGGGCCAUGAGUAGUUGAGCUGUUUUCUGUUCAGUCUCUUUCCCAGUCCAGUUUGGAAGUGUGCUCCCACCUACUUCAGCUUUUUGUUUGGAGCAUGGUUAAAUAUAUGGAAGUUAGUCUAGAUUUUCUUUUCUCUCACUCUUUUUUGGGCAUCUGUCUGGUUCACUGACAGAAGUACCGAGUCUCUGAGGUAAGGACGUGUUAGGAAAUACACUCAGAACAUCUGAGGAUGCAGGAGUCACUUGGAGGUUUGUGGGGGGGGGGGGGAAGAGAGGUUGUUGUAUGAUGAUGUCUUAGGAAUUAAAGCCAAGUGCUCUCAAGGUAGGUGUGCUAUAAGGUAAGGUUUAGUCCUCUCCCUCCAGGCUGCCCAUUGUUUCCUGGAAGUCCUCAUAAGCAGGGUGAAGAGCAGCUUGACCUGUCUGUGCCUGUUGGAUGUGAAGUGAUCUUGUAGCAACUGUAACUGUUUUCAGAGAGGAGCUGAUCUUCAGGUGGCCAAGUGCCCUUGAAGUAUAUCACGUGGUGACUAGAGAUGGCCUCUUCACCCGAGUGACUUACACUCCCUGCUGCCCCCUCUUCUCUUGCCCAUUAGAGGGUGUCAGGCUGAGCAGCCCUGGGGUAAGUGUCUCUAAAGAGAAAUACAAGUCAAGUUGCUCAGUGUGGCUGCUUCCUGGUAUCCUUUCUAUUUUCUCACGUAAGAAUGUAUAUUUUAUGGAGCAUGUGUUUGUCCUGUCUACUGUAAUGUCAAUAAAGCUAAGACAUUGUGA